AUGAGAGUCCUGAAGAGAAGCAUGUCAUUACCUGUCUUUCGUUCAAGCUCUUUUUCUUCUUUCAGUAGUCGUCAAUGGGCCUGGCUGCGCUACUUGGGCUGCGUUACUUGCUUGAUCACCAUAAUUCAAACAUGCUCAUUUCUGUCCAAUUACCCAGAAACAAACCUUGUGAAAGCUACAUACGACUGUUUUCAUCGCCCAGAGGUUCUCAAACCCGGACAGUACAGGCCGAAUGCUGAUGUUGUGCCUGUGGUGGAAGAGACACUCGACCUAGGCCCGGCUGACCUUGACGCAAUAGGUAUGGCUCAUGAUCGAAGAGAAAAGCGUUUCUAUCUCGGUGGCACCUUGACCUUGACCAGCGUCAAUUCCAUUAACGCAUCGCACCCAUCUCCGUUUAUCUACGAUCCUUACCCGCCAUACAACAGUCGCAGUUGGAAGAAACAGUUCCACGGACAAUUCAAACCAUGUCUCGGACCUAGAGGUCGUUAUUUGAAUCGCAAGUCUAAAGAAGAUAUGAUGCAAGUCUACAAGGGCAACCAGGCCGGCUUCCCAGAACCUGGAUUCGGCUCUCAUGAGGCAAUCAACUUGGACAGCAACGUUUGUACGGACCGCUACUCUCGUUUUGGGGCAUAUGGGUUUGAUGAAGAUGGCGAAGAUGAUGUACCCGGGUUCACACGCCCUCCCCAAGUGCCCUGGUGCGACGUGGAUUGGAACAGGCUACAAACUCUUUGUCUGGAGAAAAAUGCCGACAGAUAUUGGUCAAUAACCACGGUAAAUUCUUCCAAACAGAAUCCACUCGCCUUUGAUCUCCCAGAGGCUCCUCGCAAAUCAUGGGAAUCUCCCGCGGCGGGUGAGUCAAACGUGAAGCAGUUUCAUCCGCGAUCAGCAAUUCUAAUACGAGCAUGGAAUGGGCUUAGCUGGAAGUCACACCAUCGGGAAUACCUUCGGGCCUUGAUCAUGGAGCUUUCCCUGCAUUCCGGGGGUGAACACCAGAUCUAUGUUUUGGUUCACGUCAAAGACAAUGAAAUACCAAUCUUCUCGGAUAGCAAAACUAUCAAACGUCUCAGGGAGUCAAUCCCCGAAGAGUUUCGAAAUAUGGCUCUAUUUUUCAACCAUAAAAUGUUGGAAGCUUGGUAUCCAAAGAUAGGAGAACACACUUCUCAAUUGCAGCACCACCAGCCUUUGCAGAUCUUCUCACAGCUCUACCCGGAUUUUGACUAUUACUGGCAACUCGAGAUGGACGGCCGCCAUACAGGGCACAGCUAUCACUUCAUGGACCGAGCAGUUUCAUUCGCCAGAGAACAGCCACGGAAAUACUUAUGGGAGCGAAAUGCCUAUUUCUACACACCAGGUGCUCACGGCAAUUGGAGCCAAUUUAUCGAACUGGUAGAUGAAAGUCUGGCCGACAGAUCAGACGACACGAUCUGGGGCCCGGUGACUGGCACAGGGAUUCGACCUCUCGGCCCAGAUCCACCAGUGUCGCAUCCCGAUAAAGACAACUAUACCUGGGGCGUCGGCGAAGAAGCCGACUUCAUAACCUUCUUGCCCAUAUUCAACCCAAAAGACACGGAGUGGACGUUCCCAGACAAAGUCUGGAACUUCAAACACGGCCUAAAUACACCACGCCGCGCAUCAGUCAUCACAAUGGGUCGAUAUUCCAAGCGUUUGCUCGAUCUAAUCCACCACGCACAGGCAACAAAGGGCUUGGGUCUUGCUUCUGAAAUGACGGGAGCAUCGUGGGCUCUGUACCAUGGCCUCAAGGCUGUAUUUGUCCCGCAUCCCAUCUACGCAGAUGGCCAGUGGACGCCCCAGGAACUGGCUCGUAUCUACAACCCAGGCCAGCCGGAGAACAUCAAUGGAGGCCCAGAUAGUAUUUGGAACUUCGACCAUAUUCUUGAUCACAUCACGUACCGUCUCUCGUACAUGUUUACGACGCACAGCGCGGAGAAUCUGUACAGGCGGUGGCUGGGAUAUAGGACUGCGGAGCAUGAUGGUGGGAAAACGAUAUCUGAGGAUCGCUUCGGACGGCAUUGCUUCCCAUCGAUGUUCUUGCACACUAUCAAGAACACAGCCCAAGGGAUGGGGCCAGACAGAGCAGUUCCUUGA